CAUAGAUAUGGAACGUUUAGAGUUUAGCGUGCUGAGGGACUAGAAGCUAACGUAACCAUUCUUGUUUUGUUUCGUGCUACAAAUUGUUUUGCUUUGGCUUUUACAUUUUCAGUUUUUAAAUUUGUAGUGCUUCCGCAAAGAACAUUUACCUAUACUAAUCGUCAAACUUUGUGCUGAACAUGUUCCUUCAAGUUAGCUUCACAUUUCUACUCAGUCUUGUAUUGGCCUCGGCUCUACCAACAAGUGAUGAUGAAUAUCAGACUUUCUCGAGGGAAUUGCAAACGCUGCAGCAGGAAUUCAGUAAAAGAGAUUUCUGGGAAGGCCUUUGGAAGACUGGCAGCAGAAUAUGUAAAAUAGCCAAAACCCUUUCCUUGGAUAAUAAUGCUAACAAUGCUACUGAAGUAGACCCAGUCCAAGUACAGAAGAGAGAUUUCUGGAACAAUCUCUUGACCGUUGUCAACAAGGUCUGCAAAGCUGCAAGUGAAACACAGAGGGAUAUAACUAGCGGCCUUGACCCAGAAGUAGCAGACGACAAACGAGACUUCUGGGAAGAUCUCGGCAACGUUGGUAAAAAAGUGUGUCAAGUAGCAGACACACUGGCAAACAACGGAAGGCGCUCUGGGGAAUACGUGGAACAAGACCCAGAGCUGAGACGUAAACGAUUUUUAUGGCCUGACUUAGUUACUACAGUUGACCAAAUCUGCAAAGCAGCGGGUCGCUGAAGCACCAAAAAUAUAUAUUUUUCCAUAUGAAAUAAAAAAAAAGACUGGAUAGCUUGGAAACUGUCAAAUUAUAUCUUAGAGGAAUUAAAGUCUGUUAGAUCUAGCAAAUAGAAAAAACAAACACCAUUAGAGAUAUUUCACUUUUUCUUAGUCUAUUCUUUUACAUGAAAUAUCACAGUUAUACUUUUUGGUACCUUGAAAACUUUGAAAUAAAGGACAGUUGAUAAAACCAAUUAAAGAAAUAGGUAAGUUCAA